AUGUUCAAAACCAUCACGCUCUUCACCACCCUCGCUCUCAUCGGUACGGCCGUAUCCGCGGCCGACUGGAGGCUUUUGGCCAACAAGCCCGCUGACCAGUCUAUCGCCCAAUUCCAAGCCUCGUGCGUCCCCUUCCUUCCCCUCCCUCCUACAAUGCUAAGAGUCCUCGAGAUACUGACCGGUCCUACUAUCGGGAGUAAUAGCUUUGAAACCACCUGCCCUAUCUUCGACACUUCCAACCCCGACGGCGCUAGGACGACAUUUUUCCGUGCUGGUGAUUUCCAAGGCAAGAAUACUGAUACUCAAGCGCUCGUGUUCUGUACCUACAACGCCGCAGAUGGGAGCGUGUACGCCGUCACCCGCGAGCUCGUCGAGUCUCUCGGUGGUUCUAUCGCCUGA